UUCAGUAGAGCGCGUUCAUCUCUUGAUAUCAACCACAUCAAAUUGCAGUUUCAGUUUCAUCAAUCUGGCAACGAACAGUCGUAUUUGAAGGGCAACAAGCAUGAGCCCAAUCCCCAAAGCUAACGAGCCAGGAAACAAUCCCCAGUCCACAAAAGAGGGAGAUGAGCUAGAGCCACCGCCCCAGGAUUACAACUCUGUGUUGAAUGCAGGUGAUAUGAGCAGUGAGGAGGAAGAUAGUGAUGAUGGUGGAGGAGCUGAGAUGGGAGGAGAUUCACAAUAUGGGGGCUAUCAACUCUUGAUGCAGGACCCAGAGCAUGCGGAUGAUGACAGUGAAGAUGGAGAUGAAGAUAGUGAAGAGAUGUCCUCUGCUGAACCUCAGUCAGGUGCCACAGGAAACCUCGAUGAUGAGAUAGAACAAGACCUGCCUCACCCACAUUCCCAAGACAGUCACACCAACACAGCCAAUGACCCAUCCAAACCAAACCUUCCCACCCAUCUUGCCAAACUCCUUCCAUCAGCCAACCCCUCCCCAGAUGCUGCCAGUGAGGUCAUGCACACCGACACACGAGUUACGCUUGAACAGAGGAAAGAAAAGAUGGCCGGCGAUGACCAGAUCCGAGCUGCAAUGGCGGGAAUUUCCUUACCGAUGGCAGCCGUCCCAUCAUGGGCCAGGGCAGUGGAUGAGAGUGACUGGAAAGAACAAUUAGUUUCUAGAAUACAGUGCAAGCAUGAGAAACAACCGCUAAGGACUGCAACUCAUUCGAAGGGGACCAGUACAAAGAGAUGAUUUUGAUGUUACAUUGUACAGAUAUAUUGUGUGUUUGUAUCCAAACCGUCUACCCAGUGUCUUGUUGGCUAUAACUUUCAAGAAGUGGUCAUUAUCCUUCUCUUGAAAGGUCUUAUAAGAACUGCUUGCAUCUUGUAGUAAAUUUAUAGGCCUCAAAACAAUUUCUUAGGCCACAAGUUUUAUGACUGAUAUGCAGUAUGUCACCAACCUUUUCUCAAAGAUCUGCUGUCACUGCUAUAAGCUGUCCCAAUAAAGAGAGAUUAUAAUGGUAAACAUUGUGUAGGUACAUGUAUAUUUAUGUUGAAAAUGUUUCUCAGUACCUUACAUGUGACUGUCACCUCAGUGUUUUGGUGGAUAUAGAUUUCACAAAGUCUUACUAAUCCCUCUCUUGAACAGUCAUAAAAGAACUGCCUGGGUUUGAUAGUAAAUUUACAGAAUGGGGGAAAAAAAAAUCCUUAUUCAAUAACUUUGUACAACUGUUCUACAGUAUGUUUUAUACCAAAUAUUUCUCUAAACAGCACAGGUUAGAAUUGUCCCACUAUUCAUAUUGAAAGUUUUAUCAUUAAAGGGCAAGUCCACCCCAGAAAAAAUAUUGAUUUGAAUAAAUAGAGAAAAAUCAAACUAGCAUAACGCCAAAAAUUUCAUUAAAAUCGGAUGUAAAAUAAGAAAGUUAUGACAUUUUAAAGUUUCGCUUAUUUUUCACAAAACGGUGAUAUGCACAACUCAGUGACAUGCAAAUGAGACAGUCGAUGAUGUCCCUCACUCACUAUUUAAAAUGGCCCUCAGAAACACUGUAAGUGUUGGGAUUAUGGCCUGUAGCUGGAGAUUGCUUUAUUUAUCUCACCAAAUAAAUCAGAGCUUAGUAUAAAUGUUGGCCCUAUUAUAUAGAGUCAUGUGUUUAGAUUAUUAGAAGACAUCUUGUGACCUUAGUGACAUUCCAAGAAAAGAAACAAAUGACAAAAUUUUCUAGAAAUGACAACAGACUGAAUGCAUGGAAGGGUCUUUGCAAGGACCAUCUUUCGUGUCAGCCAUUUAUUAUGAUGCAUUUACAAAAUAUACCAUGAACUUAGAACGAUUUAAUUGUUGAUAAAUAAUAUUUUUGUCCACUUCUACAAUUUGAUAAAAUGUGCUUGCAGAAAUUUUGUUUGUCUCGCCCACCAGAAGUGAAGUCCGUCACAAUCCUUAUGACAUCUAACUCUGCAACCGUAAGUUACUUUUCAACCAAACUUGGAUGGUAGAUGGACUUAGGGGACCUGCCUUUACCUGCAGUCGGAGGUCACAUGGUAAGGUCAAAGGUCAUUUUCAGGUCAACGUUAAAGUUUACAUGCAAGACUCUCUUAUGAUGCCUAACUCCGCAAUUGCAAGUCACUUUUCACCCAAACUUGGAGUGUCAAUGUAGUUAGGAGACCCGCAUGUCAUGCUGCAAUCAACGUUAAAGUUUUCCUUCAAGACUCUUAUGACACAUAACUCUGCAACCAUAAAUCACUUAUCAACCAAACUUGGAUAGUAGAUGUACGUAGGGGACCUGCAUGUUAUUGUGUUGGGAGGUCACAUGGUAUGGUCAAAGUUCAUUUCGAGGUCAACAUUAAAGUUUACGUGCAAGACUCAUGUCCAUCCCAGUCAUUUCACAAUGAAAUUUCGAUACAAUUCUGUUGCGAGCCCUCACAAAUCACAAUAUUUCUGGUUAUUUUCAUAAGUGGGCGAGACACAAAAUCGCUUAUGCCUUGAUAUUAAAAAGGUGUCUGAUAUGAUGCAUCAUAAUAUAUCUGCAACAUGAAAUAUGGUCCUUGCAAAUACAAUUUUGUGCAAUUGGUACUUUAUAGAUAUGCAAAACAGCGGACAGCAGAGGAAAACUAUUUGAUCUUUGAUAUUCAAUGGCCCGUAUUCUUAAAUCCAGUUUAACUCUGGGCAUACAGGUAUAACUUGGUUUUGAAAUUAUGGCAAGCUAGAAAUUCUAAAUUAACAUGAAUUCCUUUUUCUUCAUUUAUCUUUACUUGGCUCUUUUUUAAUGUUUUAAUGAUCAAGAGAACAAUUUCAGUAAUUCCCAGUUAUGAAUGAUUUGAGCGUCAGAGCUGAUGAUUUGAACUUGUAGUGUUAGAGAUACCUGUCACAAUUCGCUAUUCAUAAUUAAAACCACUUUUGACAAAACUUUACCCAAAAUUAAACCAAAGUUGGCAAUAUGGGCUUUAUUGUUGAAUAAUGUACAUGGUAAAGUUUUUCUUUCUUCAGAUCCUGCAGCAGUGGAAACAAUUUGAUCGUUGAUAAAUUCUUGAUCAAUAAAAGUCCUCUCCAACUGUCGUAAUUAUAUCUCAAUGCAUUUACAUUGGAUAUCAAUGAAAUCCGAAUAUUGUUCCGGUAUUCUCAUAAUUUAGUCCGUAAAAUAUGUUAGUCUUGUACCUUUUGUUAAUGUUGAUCAUGUAGCAAGUAAACAAUAAUAAUCAUGUAUUCUGGUCAGUUUAUAGAUAGAAUUGUUACCCAUUUUUAAAAUACUUUUAGCCCCAUAUACAUAUACAUUUUAAUACAAAAGAAAAGCAAAGGAAAAAAUAAGUGCUGCUGAAUAGAAGCAGCAUUAUAUGUAGCAUUUCUCAUUUCCAUUGCCAUUUUAUUGUUUUCGUGGGGGGGGGGGGGGUAAGUGAAGUAGCCAAAAUAAACAAUGACUGCAAAAGCAAGAUUGUAUGUUGCUUAUUCUUGGUAAUUUUGGAAAACAAUAAAUUUAUCGGUCUUCUAUACAUACAACGGCACAUAAUUUCAACUCCCUUGUCAGAAGAGGAUGUUAUAGAAUUUAUCAGGUUGUUGAGAAUAAGCACAUUGAUGCCCAUUUCAAAGCACAUAAAUUUUAAUGUUAAGCAAAUUACUUGGCUGGUAAGCAGUGAAAAUAAUUGUAUUUUGCGUUAUAAUAACUCUCACACAAUGUGAAGUUGUUUUGGCUUCUUAUGUGAUACUCCAAAAAUGUCCACAUCCUAUCACACAUGCUUGUUCCAUUCAUCUGUAAACAUUUGAAUUCCAAAAGCAAUGGGGAAAGUGGAUGAUGUGGAAGGUGCAUAUACAUAUAAAAUGAUGUUUUGAGUCCGAUAUGAUUUUUUCCUUAAAAUCAGACUUCAAAAAAUAAAAUUACAUUGAAAUACUUAGACUUACAAAUAAGACUUACAAGUAUGAUAUUCUUGUCAAUCUAUUUUGUUUGUAGAUAUGGUACAUUGAAUAAGUUUGACAAUUUGGAAUUUCCUAGGUGUAUCCAUAAGUUUUGUUUAUAUUCACUUGGUCUACAAGCAGUUGAUCUACUUUUCAGAUGGUCUAAUACCACAUCCAUGUGAUAUAUCUAUUUGGUCUUAACUACACUUGGUGUAAUACCAACUAAUUUCUAACCCAAACCCUUAUUUCUCAGUUUUUGUCUCACCUGCAUAGCAGAGUGAGACUAUAGGCGCCGCUUUUCCGACGGCGGCGGCGGCGUCAACACAAAAUCUUAACCUAAGGUUAAGUUUUCGAAAUGACAGCAUAACUUAUAAGGAAAUGGACCUAGUGCAUGAAACUUGGCCAAAAGAUUAAUCAAGUAUUACUGAACAUCUUGCCUGAGUUUCAGGUCACAUGACCAAGGUCAAAGGUCAUUUAGGGUCAAUGAACUUAGACCAUGUUGGGGGAAUCAACAUCAAAAUCUUAACCUAAGGUUACGUUUUUGAAAUGUCAUCAUAACUUCGAAAAUAUAUGGACCUAGUUCAUGAAACUUGGAUAUAAGGUUAAUCAAGUAUUACUGAACAUUGUGCUUGAGUUUCAUGUCACAUGACCAAGGUCAAAGGUCAUUUAGGGUCAAUGAACUGUGGCCAAAUUGGGGGUAUCUGUUGAAUUACCAUCAUAACUUUGAAAACUUAUUGGUCUAGUUCAUAAAACUUGGACAUAAGAGUAAUCAAGUAUCACUGAACAUCCUGUGCAAGUUUCAGGUCACAUGACCAACGUCAAAGGUCAAUGAACUUUGGCCAUAAUGGGAUAUCUGUUGAAUUACCAUCAUAACGUUGAAUGUUUAUGGAUCUGAUUCAUGAAACUUGGCCAUAAGAGUAACCAAGUAUCUUUGAACAUCUUGUGCGAGUUUCAGGUCACAUGACCAAAGUCAAAGGUCAUUUAAGGUCAUUGAACUUUAGCCAUUUUAGAGGUAAUUAUUAGAUUGCUGUCAUAACUUUCAAAGUUUAUAGAUAUAGUGUAUAAAAUGUGGAUAUAGGGGUAAUCAAAUAUCACUGACAAGUUUUAGGUCACAUGAUCAAGGUCAAAUGUCAAUGAACGUAGUAUUGUAUCAUCAUAUGAAUGGUGUUUUUUGUGAAUAAUUAUUUUAUAGUAGUUUUCAAAGUCAGCACUGCUGCUCUAUUGAAUGGCGUGAUGCAGGUGAGACAGCCAGAGGCAUUCCACUUGUUCAAAUAAACUAUUUGGUUUACAAAUAGUUUAUUUAACCAUAUAUGUACACCAAGUGGUAUUACACCAGGUAUUGUGAAAUAACAAUUGACAUCAAGCAACCAAUACAUGUACAACUGAAAAUGAAAUGUUUCUGAGGUACACUACCCUUGUAUAAUGCUACACUCCAUGAGGAAAUAUCUGGAAACUCACUUCACUAUUUCUUGCAUCUCAAAUACUUACCAAAUUACUUACAAGAAUGAUUCUGUCAAUACAAUUCUUAGUGCUUUAAUUACAGCCACAGAGGAAUAUAAAGCCGUUUGAUCUUAUGUGACAAUUUACUAACAAAUCACAUUUUGCAUUAAGUUUGAAAUGUUCCAAAAAGUAAAAUGGUUUUAUUUGUAGUUCGGUAUAAUGCUUGGAAUUAGGACUUGGAAUACUAAACUAAGAAUUAUGAAAACCUUGUGGCCAAAGUAUAAGUCUAAAUCAACUUUAAGUUGCAGCCAAUGACGUCAUUAUGAAUUGAAAUUGAACUUACUUUUAUUCUUAUAGGGACUCUCAGAAUAGACUGAUUUAGAUUUCAGUAUUGUCUGCUACUAGGAAUGUUGAUUUUCAGAUUUUAUAAACUGGAAUGUUCAUCUCACAUGCUAUUGCAAUUUCUUUGAAAAUGGGGUUGUAAGGGGUCGUGCAGUGUGCACUGGGGCUUAAAAUAUUUUUAUUUGUAAAGAGCAUAUAACAUGUAUUUUAUUAAAAUGUAUAUUGGCUUCAUGUAAUGACUGUAA